AUGUCACGCACUUUCACACUCCGAGAUGUCGCCCGGCACAAGACAAAGGACGAUGUUUGGCUCGCGCUUCAUGGCAAAGUGUAUGAUGUGACCAAGUUUCUAGACGAACACCCUGGUGGUGAGGAUGUCAUACUCGAUAAAGCAGGCCAAGACGCCAGCGCCGAGUUUGACGACGUGGGACACAGUGAUGAAGCGCGGGAGGCCCUGGAGCCCUUGCUGGUCGGGACCCUUGAACAACAGGAUGGCGACACAACAUUGGCACCAAAACCUGCACCAUCUCGGCCUUUAACUGCUGAAACCACUGCAAGGCGCGCAUCUGGAAUUUCCAAUAGUCCCUUGGUAUACCUUGCUGGCUUUCUGGGUAGUUUAUUUGCGAUUGGGGUGAAGAGUGGAGACUCCCUGAUUCUGCUGCUUCGAUCUGCCUUUACGAGCUGUCUAGUGUCUAAGUCCAGGAGAUUUGAGGAUUUUGGAGAUAGAAACAAGUCAACAGCAUCCCGCUGGGCUGGCAUGGAUAUAUAA